UUCUGCUUCCUCUACCCCGGCUCCACUUGUCUCCGUAACUCCCCUCUAGAUUAUAUGGCCUGGACCUCAGAUUACAAAGAGUCACAGCUCAGGCUCAUUUCUCGGUGAGGAAACUGACUACAAGGAAGUGAAGUGACAGCCCAGCGACACACACACAGCCUGCAAGGCAGAGGUGGCCGUCCCGUGAGCGGCCUGAGCUGUAUUUGAGGAAGGCGUUCGUUCACACCACUGGGAGUCCACAGCCUCAGCGUGGCAGGCAGUGCAUAUUAUUCAGCAGCCUCGCCCCACAAGAAUGUUGUCAGCUGGGUCCCCAAGUUUUCUCUGAGGACAGAGGGAAGCCAGUGUCUUUCCCUUAAGGUCCACUAGUUAUCUUUAAUGCCAAAAAAAUCCAUGUUUGCUACAAAAGGCGAAACAGCACGAACUUGAAGCUGUGAGAGCUUGAACGUGUCAUCCCCGAGGUGCAGAGCAGCCCUGCACCCCACGGUCCGCCUGUGCUGCUCCCAGGGACAGUGGGAGGGGGAGCCAAGGAGACUCAGUGCCCGGUGAAUGCCGUGGGCAGCGUCAUCGACGCCUGGGCCGGCAUGGCGGUCAUUUCCCGCCGUCCUUCCUGGGGUGGGGGCUUUUCAAUACCUGGCCUCCCCUGAGCUCACCUGCAGUUGCAGGGGUGAGGCUUCUGCCCCCGAGAGGGACCCUGCCUCGUGCGCUUUCGGUUCAGCGUUUCCGCUCUCGCGAGAACUUGCUGGUUUUCAUUCUGAAACUUCACCCGUGGUACCGCAUCCCGAGGAUGCCCUGAUUCUGGGCUCACAGACUCUGCUGUACUGACUUGGAGCCAGACCGCCCGGCGUACCCCUUUCCAUCUUCUAUAAAAUGGGGAUCGUGAGGGACUGAACUCCAAGAUUAUGGCGAAGAUUCAUUAGGUUCAUGAGUGGCGUUUUGGACAGGAUGCUUGGUGCCGGGAACCCAGAGCCAGUUUGUUGAAUUACUGUCCCAGACCCUCAAGUCUCGGGGAAGGUCUGCGGGUGCCUCCCGGGGCCGGCCCAGGUGAAGGCAGCCCUGGAAACCAUUUUCAAGAACUUUUGCCACAGGUGUAAAAGACUCCAGCCUUGCAAAGAUGCUGAAACAGAUACUGUCGGAGAUGUACAUAGAUCCUGAUCUGCUGGCAGAGCUCAGCGAAGAACAGAAACAGAUCCUGUUCUUCAAGAUGAGGGAGGAGCAGGUCCGCCGAUGGAAAGAAAGAGAAGCAGCAAUGGAAAAACAGGAGUCCUUGCCAGUGAAACCCGGACCGAAGAAAGACAACGGCAAAUCGGUUCAUUGGAAGCUGGGAGCCGACGAGGAAGUCUGGGUGUGGGUGAUGGGUGAGCACCACCUCGAUAAACCCUACGACGCGCUCUGUGAUGAGAUCCUCGCCCAGGGGGCACGGCUGAAGCCGGAGCAGGAGGUGCGGGAGCUCAGAAAAACUCAGUCCAGAGAAUUCACCAGGAGCUUGAAACCAAAGUCACACUCCUCCGAUGUGCAGGCACCAGGUGACCGGGAGCCUCGGAGCGUAUGUGAGAAGGCGGCAGAAGAGGGGGGACACGGGCGCGGCCGUGGGCCAGCUUCACCCCUCGAAGAGGAGAAAACGCCCUUGCCCUCCAGUUCCUCAAGAAAUGUUCACCAAAUGUUGGCAGAUUCUAUCAGUCGUAUGAAGGAAUAUGGAUUUCACCAGAAGAAAGAAUCUGUGAAGAAAACACAAGAUGAAGAAGUAAAACAAAUAGAUGAAGAGAGAACCAAGCAGAUUUAUAAGAGCUGGAAAGAAGAUUCGGAGUGGCAGGCCUCUUUGCGGAAAUCCAAGGCAGCUGAUGAGAGGAGGCGCUCCCUGGCCAAACAAGCGCGGGAGGACUACAAGAGGCUGUCCCAGAGGGGGAGAGGUGGCGAGGGGCCACAGAGCCCCCCUGGUGGCCCCCAGAAACCCCGGAGGCCCCCCCUUCCACCCAAGCCUCAGUUCCUGAGCCCUGCGGGACACCCCUGCAGACCUCUCAGAAACCAGGCAGCGGCGAGGCCGGCGUCCCGCUCGGCCCAGGGGGACAUCGUGCGCUGGUUCCGGGAGGAGCAGCUCCCGCUGCGGGCCGGCUACCUUGGCACCUCGGACAGCGUCGCCCCGUGGUUCCACGGAAUUCUCACACUACAGAGAGCGAAUGAGCUUCUGAGCACGUGCGUGCCAGGCAGCUUUCUGAUCCGGGUCAGCGAGAGGAUCAAGGGCUACGUCCUGUCCUACCUUUCCAAGGACGGCUGCAAACACUUCCUCAUAGACGCCUCCACGGACUCGUACAGCUUCCUGGGUGCGGACCAGCUGCAGCAUGCCAGCCUGGCUGAGCUGGUGGAGUACCACAAGGAGGAGCCCAUCACCUCCCUGGGGAAGGAGCUCCUUCUGUACCCCUGCGGUCAGCAGGAGCAGCCGCCCGACUACCAGGAGCUGUUUGAGUGACAGCCUCAUCGUGUCAUCCUGCAGCCGCCAGCUGGGCCGUCUUCUGGACAGACAGACACCGCAGAGACGGACACUUGUGUAUGAAGCCACAUCACCCUGCAGCGAGCCGAUCCCGAUCAAGUGAAAGGACCCUUGGGGGUCCCAUGGCGACCUCUCUUCUGCACAAAUGCUGGAGUUUAAUUAACGCUAAGAGGGAAUCACCUCUGCAUUGUACGCACCCCAGCAGUAAAGGGAGAAGAACCCCCAUUUCUGCAGCUCCCGACAUGAAGGCUACAACCCUAGUGAUGUAUGGAAUAAACGAAGAAGAAAUUGGAACCUUUUAGGAGUUAAGGGGCACCUCAAAACCAGAAGUCCUGCAUGGCCUCGGCACUCCCUCUCUGCCUCAUCUCGGAAGGUCUCGGGGUCCUGCUCCUGUGAAGUUCCUCGGCGGCGUCAGGGGCUGGCCAAAGAGCCUGCGCUGGUGGCUGAGCCCACGGCCCCGCACACCUCACUUGCGGUGCGUGUGUGGGCCAGGGUGUGAGACACACAGGGAACACAAGUUGCGGGUGUUGUGAACUGAAUGAGGAGUUUGAAGGUGUAGGACGAGAGCCUUCACAUGUACAGAAAUACGGCAGGGGGUGAGGGGCCCUGUGUGAGGGGUUCCCUGGCUCUGGGGAGCCGGACAGGGCUCCGCCCAGGACCUCACCAAGGAGGGUGAAGCCACAUGCGUGCCUUGGAUAGACAAAGGCAGAAGAGUGAGCUUUCUGGACACCAGGUGCUGGGGGUCGAGUCCCCCAAAGAGACAUUGAAGUCCUAACCCCCUGCACCUGUGAACGUGGCCUUAUUUGGAAACAGGGUCUUUGCGGAUGUGAUCAAAUUAAGACGAGGUCAGACCAGAUUCGAGCAGCCCCCAAAGCCAAUGACUGGUGUUCUUAUAAGGAGAGAGGGGUUGGGAAGUUGAGGUGCGCACGCAGAGGGAAUUGUAGCCAGGGGACAACAGAGGCAGAGCCCCGAGUGCCAAGCCGCAAGCCAGGGGACGCCGGGGGCCGGGGGGGCAGCGUGGAGCAGACUUCCCAGAGCCCUGGAGGGGAGCAUGGCCCUGCGGACACCUCGAUUCCAGACUCCUUGCCUCCAGAACUAUGACAGAAUAAAUGUCUUUUGUCUUAA